GGACUCUCUGCUGAACAUGGAGAAAAAACACCGCAUUAGGAGAAGAUGGCAAGAGUCUGAUUCAGACUUCCAGUCUACCCUUAAAGAUGUGGAACGUGAGCUCAGAGGCCAACUGAUCUGCAAGGCUAGAACUGAAUCAAGGGAGAGAGCAGUCCUCCUCCACCUGAAAAGAAAAUAUCCAGAUGGGCAGGGCAUUAGGCUCUCUAAGCAGGUAGCCAGCUCCAGCAAGAGACUGAGACAGGCAAUAAAAGAAUACAACAGCAUUCAAUGGCCCCCGCAGAUGAGCAUCUUCCCUGCGAUUGAUUUUCAAGAAGCAUGUGAUCCUUCUUGGUAUGUCUACUUCUGCUCUGAUGACACUAUUGAAGAAGAUGAUGUUUCGAGGAGUCUAAAAAGGCGAGGGAUUGAUGCCUUACAUAUGAAGACUCGGGCAGCUAUGGAAAAGCGCAUGCUUUAUCAGGAAAUGAGAAGUGUACCUGAACACCUCCAUCAGCAGCAUGCCUUUCUGUGCUCUGCCAUCAAAGACACUGAGCAGCCUGGUGCAAAAGCUGCUCUCAUUCAACGUCUCCAACAGCUGGAAAGAAAACGACAUCAAGCCAUUGUGAUGUUUCACCCACAUGUACCAGACAUUGUUCCUGCAGACAACCCCCACUUUUAUUUUUACAUUCUUUUUUCUCAUGACUCCAGCAGUCUCCUGUCUAAAGAUCAGCUGCUGUGUUCGAUCUGUGUGGAUGUGCUCACUGAUCUAGUCCCCACUCCAUGUGGUCACAACCUCUGUAAGAGCUGCAUUAUACAGUGCUGGGACAAGAAUCAACUCUGUCACUGUCCAUUAUGUAACCAGAUACUCUCCAAGAGAACUAAACUGAAGAUUAAUAUAACACUGAGAAAGGUUGCAGAUUACUUCAAGAAGAAAAGUGGUUCUGACAAACCUGAGGUUCUUUGUGAUGCCUGCAGUGGAGAGAAGCUGAAGGCCCUGAAAUCCUGUCUGGAUUGUUGUGCUAGUUUGUGUAAAACCCAUUUAGAGUUUCAUAAUAAAAUGCCCAAACUUAAGAAACACAAACUAUUAAACCCUGUGGAGAACCUGGCGGCCAACAUAUGCCAGAAACAUGAGAGAGCUCUGGAGCUGUUCUGUAGAGAUGAUCAGACGUGUAUGUGUCAGUUCUGUAUUGAGACAAAACACAAGAAUCACAACACUGUUCCUAUAGAGGAGGAGAGCAGAAAGAGGAAGGUGAGAAAUGCUGAUAAACUUCCAGAGUAG